AUGUUAUAUAUGCUGUUAUUACCAGGCACACCCACUUCAUCAUUUGGCCAAAAGAUGGAGACCUGGUUCAUCAUCAUCGCUUCUCUUUGCAUCGCUGCUCUCUUUAAGUCCCUCUUCAAUCUUCUCUCUCCCACCAGUCCUAAACCCAGCAAAAUCAAAGGCAAGCUCCCUCCAGGACCCUCCGCUGUUCCCAUCAUUGGCAACUUCCUAUGGUUCCGGAAAUCCUUUUCAGAAAUCGAAUCCAUUCUUCGGAACCUGCACACCAAGUACGGACCCCUCAUCUCCCUCCGCUUUGGCUCUCGCCUGACAAUCUUCAUUGCCAACCAUUCCCUUGCCCAUCAAGCCUUGAUACAAAAUGGUGUUGUCUUCGCUAAUCGUCCCGCAGCUCCUCCAGUUGGCCAAAUCUUUAGCAGCAACCAACAUAACGUCAACUCCGCUGCCUACGGCCCUGUCUGGCGCCUUCUGCGCCGCAACCUCACCUCCGAAAUACUCCACCACUCACGGGUGAAGUCCUAUUCUCACGCUCGCAGGCGAGUCUUGUGUAUCCUUGUCAACCUCCUCAAGACUAGCCAAUCUCAAAAAUUAGGAGAGCCAGUUAAGGUGAUGGACCAUUUCCAGUAUGCCAUGUUUUUCUUGCUUGUUUUCAUGUGUUUUGGUGAGGAGCUGGAGGAGAAGAAGAUUAGAGAUAUCAAAGAUGUGCAGCGUCAACCCCUACUAUCCGCUGCACGAUUCAAUAUACUCAAUGUCUGGUCAAGAUUGGGAAAGAUUUUAUUUCGUAGUCGUUGGAAAGAGUUAAUGCAGAUGCGCAAGAGCCAGGUAGACGUAUUGAUUCCUCUAAUACGAGACCGAAUGAAAGCCAAACUGGAGACUCAACGGAAGAAUAUGCAAGAUGGAGAAGGUAAGAAUGAGUCUGUCUUGUCUUAUGUCGAUACUUUUAUUGAUCUUAAGCUGCCGGACGAGAAGAGAAAGCUUAAUGAAGAAGAGAUGGUGAGUCUGUGCUCAGAGUUUUUGAAUGCCGGCACCGACACUACGUCAACGGCGCUGCAGUGGAUCAUGGCCAACCUGGUGAAGUACCCACAUAUUCAAGAAAAGCUUUUUGCAGAGAUUAAUGGGGUUGUCGGAGAACUUGGAGGAGGAGGAGGACCCGAAGAGGUGAAAGAGGAGGAACUGCAGAAGAUGCCAUACCUGAAAGCUGUGAUAUUGGAAGGGCUGAGACGGCACCCUCCGAGCCACAUGGUGCUGCCCCACGCUGUCACUGAAGAUGUGACAUUGGAUGACUACGUUGUGCCAAAAAAUGCUGUUGUGACUUUCAUGGUAGCAGACAUGGGGUGGGACCCAAAGGUGUGGGAAGAUCCGAUGGCUUUCAAGCCCGAGAGGUUCCUAUCGAACGGUGGAGAUGGGGGGGAACUAUUUGACCUAACAGGGAGCAGAGAGAUUAAGAUGAUGCCAUUUGGCGCGGGGAGGAGGAUAUGUCCAGGGUCUGGUCUGGCCAUGCUUCAUUUGGAGUACUUUGUGGCUAAUUUGGUGUGGCAUUUUGAAUGGAAGGCUGUGGAUGGAGAUGAGGUUGAUCUCUCUGAGAAGCAAGAGUUUGCAGUAGUGAUGAAGAAUCCAUUGCAGGCCCACUUGUCUCCAAGGCUGAAAUAAGGAUCGAAUUCAUCAACAAGUUGCCGUCCGUCUGUGUCUAGUGCACUUCUUCUGAUAGUUAUUUUGUUAAAAAAUAAAGGCUGUAUAAUUGUAAAUUUGGAAAACUACAGAAGCCUGCAAUUAUAACUUAAGAUACUGUUUUCUGCAGGUCUGCUACCAUAAGGAAAUCACCGUAUUUUUAAUUUCUAGUGCUUUUAUCUGUCACCACCAUCUAAGUUUUUUUUUUUUUUUUAGCUUCUCUCUUUCUUCUGUGGAAUGAUUUUACCACCUCACAAUUCAAAAGCUUUUGCUAACUUGACAAGGGCCGGAGCUUGAAGAGCAUUUUGGGUAUUUUCUUGGCACACCCUCUUCAUCCAUUGGCCAAAAGAUGGAGACCUGGUUCAUCAUCAUCGCUUCUCUUUGCAUCGCUGCUCUCUUGAAGUCCCUCUUCAAUCUUCUCUCUCCCACCAGUCCUAAACCCAGCAAAAUCAAAGGCAAGCUCCCUCCAGGACCCUCCACUGUUCCCAUCAUUGGCAAUUUCCUAUGGCUCCGGAAAUCCAUUUCAGAAAUCGAAUCCAUUCUUCGGAACCUGCACACCAAGUACGGACCCCUCAUCUCCCUCCGCUUUGGCUCUCGCCUGACAAUCUUCAUUGCCAACCAUUCCCUUGCCCAUCAAGCCUUGAUACAAAAUGGCGUUGUCUUCGCUAAUCGUCCCGCAGCUACUCCAGUUGGCCGAAUCUUUAGCAGCGACCAACAUAGCGUCAACUCCGCUGCCUACGGCCCUGUCUGGCGCCUUCUGCGCCGCAACCUCACCUCAGAAAUGCUCCACCACUCACGGGUGAAGUCCUAUUCUCACGCUCGCAGGCGAGUCUUGUGUAUCCUUGUCAACCUCCUCAAGACUAGCCAAUCUCAAAAAUUAGGAGAGCCAGUUAAGGUGAUGGACCAUUUCCAGUAUGCCAUGUUUUGCUUGCUUGUUUUCAUGUGUUUUGGUGAGGAGCUGGAGGAGAAGAAGAUAAGAGAUAUCGAAGAUGUGCAGCGUCAACUCCUACUAUCCGCUGCACGAUUCAAUAUACUCAAUGUCUGGUCAAGAUUGGGAAAGAUUUUAUUUCGUAGUCGUUGGAAAGAGUUAAUGCAGAUGCGCAAGAGCCAGGGAGACGUAUUGAUUCCUCUAAUAAGAGACCGAUUGAAAGCCAAACUGGAGACCCAACGGAAGAAUAUGCAAGACGGAGAAGGUAAGAAUGAGUCUGUCUUGUCUUAUGUCGAUACUUUUAUUGAUCUUAAGCUGCCGGACGAGAAGAGAAAGCUUAAUGAAGAAGAGAUGGUGAGUCUGUGCUCAGAGUUUUUGAAUGCCGGCACCGACACUACGUCAACGGCGCUGCAGUGGAUCAUGGCCAACCUGGUGAAGUACCCACAUAUUCAAGAAAAGCUUUUUGCAGAGAUUAAUGGGGUUGUCGGAGAACUUGGAGGAGGAGGAGGACCCGAAAAGGUGAAAGAGGAGGAUCUGCAGAAGAUGCCAUACCUGAAAGCUGUGAUAUUGGAAGGGCUGAGACGGCACCCUCCGGGCCACAUGGUGCUGCCCCACGCUGUCACUGAAGAUGUAACAUUGGAUGACUACGUUGUGCCCAAAAAUGCUGUUGUGAAUUUCAUGGUAGCAGACAUGGGGUGGGACCCAAAGGUGUGGGAAGAUCCGACGGCUUUCAAGCCCGAGAGAUUCCUAUCGAACGGUGGAGAUGGGGGGGAACUAUUUGACCUAACAGGGAGCAGAGAGAUUAAGAUGAUGCCAUUUGGCGCGGGGAGGAGGAUAUGUCCAGGGUCUGGUCUGGCCAUGCUUCAUUUGGAGUACUUUGUGGCUAAUUUGGUGUGGCAUUUUGAAUGGAAGGCUGUGGAUGGAGAUGAGGUUGAUCUCUCUGAGAAGCAAGAGUUUACAGUAGUGAUGAAGAAUCCAUUGCAGGCUCACCUGUCUCCAAGGCUGAAAUAAGGAUCCAAUUCAUCAACAUGUUGCUGUCCGUCUGUGUCUAGUACACUUCUUCUAAUAGCUAUUUUGUUAAAAAAUAAAGGCUGCAUCAUUGUAAAGUUGGAAAACUACGGAAGCCUGCAAUUAUAACUUAAUAUACUGUUUUCUGCAGGUCUGCUACCAUAAGGAAAUCUCUGUAUUUUUAAUUUCUAGUGCUUUUAUCUGUCACCA